UUUCAAAAAUGCCAAACAGAUAUUGCUUGUUGUGCGGUAACCGAAAUCAAUUAGAUUCCUAUUAUUCAUUUCCGAAAGACAAAGAAUGUCGUAAGAAGUGGCUAACUUUUUGCGGCAUUGGUGAAGAAGUUUUGAACACAGUUACUAAACUGUGUUCAAAUCAUUUUCAAGAAGAUGACAUAAUUCGUAAAGGUAAAACUACAAUUGUUAGGCCCAAUGCUGUGCCAUCUGUUAUCAGUAAGAAGAGGAAAUGGCAUACAUGUUCACACAUAAUUAAAGAUUGUAGUAUUAACAAACAGAGAAGCUCAACUGCCAGAAGUGGUACUGUCGAUGAAAUAAAUUUCGAUUAUGCAGAUAUUGACAAUGCCAAUUUUGAUAAAAAAACAGUUGACAAGGUAAAGUUUGAGUUUGUGUCUGUCGAUGAAAAUCCCACUAUAUCAUUGGAAGAAACUUGUACAACAGUAAAUCACCCAUUUACAUCACAAAGUUGUGAAAAUAUUCAGUGUUUCCAUACACCUGCUACAGCUACAAGUAAUAUUCGUUACAUUGAUGACAGAUUGCCAGGUGCUGAUAUUAGAAAAGCUGAAAGAGCUUUACACAAGCUCAAAACAGAUUGGUUGCUCGUCAAAUGA